AUGGAAGAGGCGUCCUAUAUCACAACGGACACGAUGUUGAAUGAACAGAAGCUUCAAAGCGAUCCAACAACAGUGCCAAUGACGUUCAAAACAUCUUGUGAUCAAGACAAAAGCAAUUUGACAACUGAGGACGAGGCGUUGCCUCACUUCACUCUCAAAGAGGGAACAUACUCGACAGAUCUCUUUCAAGCCUUUCCCAAAGUCUGUCAAAAGGCAAAAAGUGGUGUACAAUACUGCCAAGCAGUCUCGGCAUUCGUCACGGAGCGUGCUGGGCUAGAAAGCAACUAUGCACAGGCAUUGCUUAAGCUGGCACAGGGUGCAAAAGCUGAAGAUUGGUCACAACAAUUUUCAAGGUGCUGGGCUACUUUUCAGGAAGCAUUCGAGCAUCUAGCUCAUGAGCGAUGGACGUUUGCACAGACAAUGCAAACGACUAUCGGACCUCGUGCAAAAGCUUUUGCAGCACAACAGGAGAUUCAGACGCAAAGACUUGUGUCAGAGGGAACAAAGGUACGCUGGGCGAGACAACAAAUGAUUUCUUCAGUGGACAAAGCAAGAGAAAAGUACGAGCGAAAAUGUAACGAAGCCAUUGAAAUUACAUCAACAAUACGAAAGAGUGAGACGAGCACGGGAGCAGACGUAAGCGUCGCGUCGUCUGACGUGUCUGAUGAAGUUUCAAUGUCGAAGGAGCUGACUGACAAAUUGGCAGCAGGUGCCGGGCAAUUGCUUACAAAGAUGUGGGAUACCACGUCUUCGUUUGGUCGCAACCCGUUGGAACGCCAGCGAUCAAAGUUGUAUGGAUGUCUUGAUGAAGUUAUGGCAGCAGAAAAACAUUACGUCCAUACGGUUGAGUACGCGAACGCGCAGCGGCCCGUUAUUGACCGAGAAAUUAAAGAUAAUUUGCUUGCUUUUCAGCUCACUGAAGAACAGCGUCUCGAAUAUCUUCGUGAUAUACUGUUGCGCAUGCAAAAGGCAUUUAUUGACAUGUUCUCGAGAUCUCAGCAAUUUGUUGAGCGGAUGAAAACUAGUGUAAACGAAGUCCAUGAGCUAGCCGAUAUUGAAAAGGGGUUUCAAGGUCUUGGGAGCCAAGAAGAUGUAGAUGUCGAUCGGGCAGAUUUGUCGGUCAACCCAUUUUAUAUUCGCAUGACGCAUAUUCAGGCGAUGUCAGACAACGGACAGCGGAUGGUUGGAACCAUAAACUCAAUCGUGACCGAAUUUAUCGCUAGCGAAACCCGAUUUGUCCAAUCUCUUCGUAAGCUGCUUCGUACACACGAGAGUGGCGGACUGAUUUUGGCUACAGAUCUCUUUGGAGCAUCAUUCAACGCCACCAGCUUUCUAGCCGAUGAAGGAAGUACGAUGGCAAAUGGCUGGAUGAUACUAAAGGAUCAAGUAAAGCUUCUUUUGGAAAUUCAUCAGGAAUUUCGAUCGCUGCUUGCUGAGCCUGUGUCCCUCAGUCUUGCCACCAUGAAGAGUGAGUACGAGAGGGCUCGAAUUGCAACUCAAGAAAACUUUGUGAAAUUGCACACGGCGUUGUGCAAUGAAGCAGCUUUGCAUAAGAAGCUGCAGCAAAAGCUAAAUAUAAGAUCUCGGGACUUUGCCAUGAUGUUUUCGUAUCUGCCUGGGGCAACACCGGUUACUACGAACUCUUACGGAAUUGACAUUUCUGAGGCUUUAAAGGUGCUCAAUGCCAACAUUCGACUGUUUAACGAAAAGGAGCGGCGGUCUGAAGCCAAGCUCCGUCAACUCGCGGACGAAAUGUGUCUGCUGCAAGUGCAAGUGACCGAUAGUAGUACUUCGUUGAAGCAAACAUACCAGAUCUACAUUCAGGAGAUUGAGGUUUUUAUAUCGACGUGUAUGAAGAACGAGAAGUAUCGGCUACAAGUCAGCAAAAAUUCUUUGCAAUCACUUGCCAAAGCUGUCGAGCACAUGUUGCAAGGAGGAAUGUUCGUUGGAAAUAAGGCCUUGACUGACUUUGAAAAGAUUGAUCCAAGUAGCGAUAUGGCUGAGUUUGUCCAAGCGAAUCGACAACCGUACGAACCUGCAAAGCUCAUUGUGCCUGUUUAUCACAAUAAUGACAAUUUGAAAGAAGUGAUAAAAGAAUACCUUGGAAAUGCAUCAUUGGUUGCAUCAGAAAACUCAGACAAGACCAUUCGGCGUCUUUCCAGUGGUGCAAAUCCGUCCACAACCACUCCUAGCAACGAGAUUCAUUUAUCUGAAACAAAAUUGCCACACUUAAGUGAAUCAUCAGAAGUCAAACGAGUAGCAAUAGCUUCCGAAAUUGCUGAGGAGGAUACUACGGUGACCGGAUAUGCUGACGCGAAUCUUGUAAAAGACCCUGUCCGAGGAUCGUAUGAAGCGCAGCCACCUGGAGAUUCCGACCUUGAAAAGAAGAUCCAGUCGGAUACACCUGACCAAGUUGUCGAAAGUUAUACGUGCGCUCUUUACUUUUCAAAUUUUCCAUUUCAUGGACGACUAUAUUUGACAAAGGACCGAAUGCACUUUUCUGGGUGGCGAGACACAUUAUUUACUGCUUCGUUCUCUGAGAUUGCGGCAAUGGAAAAGAAAAAUACAGCUCUGAUAGUUCCCAAUGCCAUCGAGUUUACUGUGAGAGGAGAAAAAGUGUUUUUCGCUUCAUUCGUCUUUCGUGACGAAUGCUAUCAGAGCAUUCAGCAACUUCGAUCGAUGAAGAAGGAGACGGAGGUUUUAAUGUUGGACCCAACACCGGAGUCCCUUGAUUUAGACAGAAAGCUUUUUAAUGACGGCGAGCUGAUACGAAAAAGCAGCUCACAUGACCUAGCUGCAGUUGCCCCUAUACCUAAAAAGGCUUCUGCCGAGACUACUUCUGUAGAGGGCAGUCGUCUCCCGCUAUCGGUUUCAUCAACAUUAGCAGCACAUCCUGUAAUCCCAGAAAAGGAUGACUUUCUGGAUGAAUUUGAUUUACUGCUAAACGAAGAAGUGCCGUUCAGUGUGGACACUGCUUUUACUAGAUUUUGGAUCGAGUCGAACACGUUUUCGCGCGAAAUUCUUGACGCAGCCGGUGCCACGAACAUUUCUCUUCCUGACUGGACGAAACAAAGCGUAGCGUACGCUGCUGUGACCAAAUUGGACACAUUUGAUGGCUCUCGCUUGGUUUCAUACGUUCACAAUAAAAAGUAUAUGAUAGGGCCCAGUGUCAUACCGACAGCCCAAAUUCAGCGUUAUUCAUACAGAAAAGGAAAUCGCCUCAUUGUGAGCACAACCACGAGUGUAUCCGAUGUGCCAUACUGCGAUUAUUUUCGCGUUGAACACCGAUGGGUUUUUAGCGCGAUGAACAAACCAAGCGAGUCGUUAGCCCAGGUUGGACUACGCAUUCAGUGGUUGAAAAGCACGUGGUUAAAGAAACAGAUUGAAAACACUACUGUUUCAGAGGCCAAAGAAGCUGUUAAAGCAUGGCUAGAUGCUGCUCUCGACGCAACUAAGACUACAAAACUAAAUGACCAAGAUAAAACAUCUACGCGUGUGGUAAAUUCUUUGGAAACAACAUCGAAGUCAAUUAGCGUGCAGAAAGUGCCAUCGAAUCCAUUAUUUCAGCAGGUUGCUACCGUCACCAGCUCAUCAACUGCGGCCAAUGGUUCUCAGAACGGUGGUUCACGGUCACAAUUUCAUCCAUCGGUCCAAGCUGCAGUCAUUGCUUGCGCACUGAUGUUGAUCUAUGCGAUCUACUUUGUGUGUGCUGCCAUUAAUCAUAUGCUAGCGUUGACUAACGAGUCACUGCUUUUGCAGCGUCAGCAACAAGAACUGCUCGAGCAACUCUUGGAGAGGCUCAAAACCUCGAGAACGUGA